AUGUCGGGCUCCGUGAUCAGCGACCCCGUCCCGAUAGCCUCCGCCUCUGCGGAACAGCAGAUGGCGGAGGUGGCCGACGGCAUAGCGACGGCGGCCGCGGAGGUGGAGUUCGUCAAGUGCUACUGCUGCAGCCUGACGGAGGAGUGCACGCCGGCGUACAUCGGGCGGGUGAGGGAGAGGUACAAGGGGCGCUGGAUCUGCGGGCUCUGCGCGGAGGCGGUGAAGGACGAGAUCUGCCGAUCGGGGAAGAAGCUCAUCGGCACGGAGGAGGCACUUGACAAGCACAUGACCUUCUGCGCGAGCUUCCGGUCCUCGCCGGCGCCGGUGGCCGCCGAUGCCAACGAGCAUCUCAUCGCCGCCAUGCGGCAGCUUCUCCGGCGGAGCCUCGACUCUCCCCGGGGGAUCAGAUCCUCCCCUAACAGCCCCCGGCAGCAGCUCUCCGGCGAGGUCGCCGCCACCCGCGGCCCGCUCACCAGGUCCGGUAGCUGCUUCCCCACCCUCGCCGGCUGA